CAGGACACCAGCUAAAAGAGUCAAAGUAAAGCAACACAUAAACUAAUGCAGGGCAACCGGGCAGAGACUGUCAUGUUCAUCUUCGUGAUUCUGGGGCUGCUGGUCUGCACUGAGGCACAAGAGAUCAGUGCUGGGACUCCUGUGUUUGUGAUGAAGGGAGAGGAUUUUCUUCUGAAUGUCACGGCAGCUGAUGUUCUUCAGGAUGUUUUUAGUUUUUCAUGGAUAUUUAAUGAAAAGAAAACAGUAUUAACAGUUCACCCUGGCAACAGUCCAAAUGUUUUUCCUGAUUAUGAUGGAAGGGUUGAGUUUCAUGUGAACAAUUUCUCUGUGAAAUUGAAGAAUCUACAAGAUGCAGACAGUGGAGAUUACACUACUGUAGUGAUGAAGCUUUCAGGAGACGAAACAGAAGCAGCUAAAUACAAGAUCACAGUUCAAGAUCGAGCGUCUCUCCCUCUCCUCACAGUGAGCUCUGUCUCCAGAAAUUCUUCCUCCUGUAGCUUCACUGUGACCUGCAGCUCAAAGGACUCUCACAUCAACAGCACUUUCACCUGUGACAACCAAACCUGCAGUCAGGAGGGAGGAGAGCGGUCAGAGGUGAUCCCUGAUACUUUUCUCCAGGUCCACCAAUCAAGUGGGUCGAUCCUCUGUAUCCAUAGCAACCAUGUCAGCUGGACCAACGACACCAAAACAAUCAAAGAUGUCUGCCACCAGCUUGAUGAUCCAGAGGGGUUAUUUGUGUGCCUGGUGAAGACGUGUGUGUUCUCUGUGGGUCUGAUCAUCAUGCUGUCUGCUGUCAUCACGGUUAAUCUCAUGGAGAAGCUCAACAAGAACCAAUAAACUCAUAGUUCUGGUUCCCAACCGGGGGUAGGGGGACCCCUAGGUGUAGUUGGGGGGAUUGCAGGGCUAGGUAGGAAGAUUAGGGGUUGCAAAUUAUUUCCACACAAAAAAACAUUUUUCAAAUCCAUUUUCGUGACACAUCAAGAAAUGUAGAAAUGCAACAACAAAGGUGAGCGGCCUCAAGGCUGCGAGCAAUAAACAUGUAAAUAUAAAUAUGUACACUUAGAAUGUAUGUACAUAUGUACACUGACAUCUUGAUGUAAACAUUGAUGCUUUGCAAGGAAAACACAGAAGGCAGCUUUAAAAAAAAUGCUGAAUAUUCUUGUUAAUCCAAUGAUGAUAUCAAGUAAUCUUUUUGUAGGUAAAAUCAUUUCGAUUUUCCAAACAUUUCUAGUAGUAUAUCAUAAAAGCAACACAAAUAACAUCUUAUAUUUUUAUAAUCAAUUCAAAAAUAUUUAGUUUUUCUUUGUACAGUAUGUUUUAUGCUUGUUUUCAUUUUUGAAUGAAAGCAUUUUCUGGUACAUGCACCAUUUAAUAAAGCUUUUGUAUUCCUAUAUUUUCCAUUAUCUAUUAUGUGUUAAUACAAAUGAACAAAUUACUCGUCUAAUAUGUUUGUGAUUUUUUGGAAUCUACUAAAGAUCAUGUGUGGCAAUUCUUUGUUUCACUCUGCUAAAUUGUGACAAUGUAUUCCAUUACAUUUACUAAUUACCUUAUUGUCAUUAACCUAAUGUAGGUAUCUAAUAUUCAUAUAAAGUAAACUAAUUACUUUACAUUACUUUUGGGACAACUCAAUAUCAAUGCAAUGCAAAUAAAUACAACAAGGCUUUUACCUAGGUGUAAGAAAAAAAAAUAGUGUUUUUUAUCAGAAAUGUAUCCUCUGCUCAGAGAUUAUUUUAUUAA